AUGAUCAAGGAAUCAAACCAAAUAAACAGGAGGAUUUCUGAAGUCAUAUGCUAUCAUAAUAUGCAUUAUUUGCUUAUAUUCCCUAAUCAUAUCAGCUUAAAUACCUUUAGAUAUACUCAGAGAUAUUAAUCAUUAAAAUAAUAAAUGAUUGAAGACGAUGAAUCUGAGUGCUUCUUUAAGCUCAAACCUUCUAAAAAGAUCAAAAAGACGAGAGGCAACAUCCUUAGAAUUCAGAAGCAUUAUGAUACCUUGAAUCAGAUGUAGAUAGCUGCUGCAGAACAAGAACAAACUAUUCUCGCAUUAAUCGAUAAGCGAUCUUAAUGUAAUACUUUUAGAAAUAUCCCAAUAGUAUAUUCAAAGAAUAAAUGCAUCACCUAAUGGAAAGAAAACAUAUCUUAAUCUCAGUCUUUAAUUUAUGUUAAUUUGAUCAAAAGUGAAUCAGAAACUUUUGAAGAUAGUGAAAGUUUUCUCAAAUAACCUCAAAAUGAAUUGCUCAUAGAAAACUACCUAUGUUGAUUGGGACUAGUACACCUUAAUCACAAAAUGAGUUUUAUUUAUUAUUUUUCCAAGUAUCAUAUCAUACUGCUUCAAAACUUUGCAUACUCUUAA